AUGUCUGAUUAUUAUUUUUAUGGUGAUGGUAAUCCUCUUAGUAAACAAAUUGGCUGUGUCUAUUUGACUCAACUUGUACAAGGUGUUGAAGAUUACUUGGAUGGCAGUUCUAUAAUGGUAGCUGAUCUGAAAAAUGGUCAUGCGUAUGGGAAUAGUACAAAAAUACGAAUGGUACUUAACUUUGAGUCAAUUUUAAUUCCGGGUCGUGAGAGUGAAUAUUGUGAGUGGUCAGCAUUUAGAAAGAUCCUUGGUAAUCAGAUUGGCUGCGAUUUAACAAGUUGUGCGGAAAUUCUUAAUGUUUCAUCAUAUUAA